AUGGAGGAAAAAUGUACCUUUGAUCUGGUGACUCUCCUAAGGGCUCAAAAACCCAUUACGUGUAACAUAACUUAUCGAGGAGUUGAUAACUCAUUUGGUGUUUAUCAGCAUGCUUUGACAUCUUAUUUUUCACAGAAUGCACUUGUUUGGAAACGAAAUGGGAAAGCAUUUCCUUAUCGCUUAACAAUUCCUUUGAAGUUUGUAACGUUUGAGGAAGCUUUGUGUUGGAAAGCAGAUUUAGACUCGGAGGAAUUGGUAGGCUUAGCCUACUUGCAUGUAUUCUUCAUUUGUUCAUCGUCUGUCGAAGAGUAUAGAUCAUCAGUUCGUCAUAAUGUAUCUGAAUGGUUUUCCAUGGUUUCUUCCAAACCUGAUGUUCAAUGGCUCAUAGUCAUUGAUUCAACUCGUGCAAAGGAAAAGAAGAGUAGAAACUCAUUAAUGGAAAAGCUGAAAAGUGAUUUCAGUAAGCACACCUCUAGACUUAUCGAAGUAUCGGAAUCUGUAGAGCAUGGUUCUUUCAUCGCUCUAGCUCAAGCAGUUCAAACUGCUUUAUUAAGUCAUUUAGACUUAGUUGUAAACUCUUGGGAAAUUGAAAUGGGUAAAAGCAAGGAUUCUUGUCAUGAAAAAAGUUGGGAUCUGCAGAAGUUUUUUGUUUCAACAACCGAACAUGCUCGUUUCUUUUGGAGUUUAGGCGCUUUAGAACACGCUUUAACGAUAUAUGAUGAUUUGGAUAGAUUCUUGUCAACCAUCACUCAUUUCAACCACAGUAAUGGAGUGCCGGAGUGGUUGCUCCUCAUGCGAUCAUCAGAACUUUCCGAAUGUCCAGCUAUUAGUUCAACGAUGACCAAAACAGUAUUCGGUAUUCGGGAAAAAUUCUCUCUAUUAGAUGUUCGACAUUUCCUUCUCACGCAACAAGUGCUAUUAUGCCUACAUUUGAAUCACAGCAGAGCUCGAUCAAGAGGAGCUGCUCCUUCCCUGCGAUCAGAUUUUGCCGGUUUAAUUCUAAAAUAUACACAUCACGCACAUCAAACAAUUAAGGAACACAGCCUGAUAUUAGAGUUACCAGAAGAUGAGAAAAAGUUCGCAUGCUAUACCAUAUUGCUAAUCGGUGAAUCACUGCACAUUUCUGGAUUGCUUGCUGGAUCUGCAUCUAUUGAGGAAGCUGCAUCUCCAUCCUUAUGUCAGUUACAUAUAUCACGGUUCAACGCGGUUCACUCUUUGGACUAUGAAAUUCCGGACGAGAGACUGAUAGAAUGGCUCAAAGAGAGCAAAUUGCAAGAUAAUUUUUUAAUUGAAGUGCUACAAAACAAAGCCCUGUACUCUGUACAGUUCCAGAAGAUUCACGAUAUAACGAACUCUAUUCUAACUCAAUGUGGAAGAAAAAGAACUUGUGCCUAUAUUGGCGGUGUGUUUUCACAGUGGUUGAGGAAAGAGACGCGGUCAGAUGCUGCAUUGCCAUAUCAUUUGCGAUUUGUCAAUGAAGUGAUCGAAAAUGGUUGCUGCUCACCAAAAGCGUUAGAGGAGAUUAAAAGCGUCUCAAAAUUGCUCAACCCAGAGCAUGACUUCUCCAGGAUUCUGUCUUUUUCGUUAUUUAUCUGUUUCAAUGCCGAGGAUGAUUCUAUGAAACUCGAUUAUGCUAGACAGUUUUUGGAACUAUUAGCAACAAGACAAUACGGCAGGCUCAACCUAUCGUCAUUAACUCCAUAUUCCAACGCAUUAUUCAAAUGUGCUCUCAAGAGUUUCCCAUCUAACAUUCAACUACCGAACGGAGUUUUUGAAAUAGAUAUUGAAGUGGAAAAUUUACUCCCAUGUGAUAUUGAAGACUGUGAAAUUACUAUCCAAGUUAGGGAAAUAGACUCGGGUCUUUUGUCUAGGCGAAAAAGACCUGUUUUUCAACAGAACUUCAGUACUCGCGAUAGUGCCACGAGGAUUCUCGCGGUUCAUAGAGGACAUGCUUUCGACCGACCUGUACCACCUAGUCCUUCUGCAGCUUCAAUAGAACUUAAUGAGAAAACAGCUUUGAAGAAUGGAUUGAAUAGAUGCUUUUUAUCCGCUCCGGCGUUAGUUAAAGGAUGUUAUGUAUUAGAGAAUGUUAGGAUUUCUCUAGUUUCUGCUUCUGUUGUAGUUGAUUUCCCGGCUGAUCACUUUGAAAACAUUAAUCCCCUCAUUUGCUUUGUUCAAAGUUCACCAAACUCUCUGUCUGUCGCUGAUGCCAAAGACUUAUUAGCAGGAGUAGUUCAGUCGAUUGACGUUAUAAUACAGUCUGGAUCUAUGAUGGAAACUUCUGAAGUUACAGUAACAGCUAGUGAAGAUGCUUCUGUCGAAUUUCUUACUGAGAAUGGAGAGUGGAAAAAGCUACUUAGUGUUCCAGUCCCAGUAUUGGCAACUGAUCAGAAACAUAGAUUCACUGUUCAAUUAUGUGUUCCAAUGGACUCAGCCAUGACUGAAUCGCCAGCUGUCCGGAAAUUCUCUUUCGAAUGGAUGGGAAGAACAUGGACUUAUGAUUUGUCUUUUGUCGCAUUACUUAUUUUAUCUUCAAAAACAACCAUCUUAGAAGACAAGAUGCUUUACGAAUUGGAAGUUGCCCGGGCACUAGCUGACGAAUGGACUGUGAUUUUUGAAUCCGCCAUCUUGAGUGUUGAAGACAAUGACUCAGAUGCUCCAAAACAUGCGGAACUACUUAAUACCGAGCUAGAUGGACUUAUUCCAAAUAUUGUAUCUUCCCUUGUAUGGAACUUGCCGGUCAAAAGUGAAAGUCCGUUACUUCACAAGUUAGAUAUAAAAUAUAAAGUGAAGCCUAGCAAGAACGAUGAUGUUGAUUAUUCUGAGCACCUGUACUCAUAUAUUUCUGAGUUCCAUUUGAAAGUUCCUCAGGUUGGUUAUGAACUAUGUACACAGAUGUUAUCUCACCAACCGGGCGCCCAACUGUGCAGAGCUGGUUCUCCUUGUGAUUUGGUUGUUUCUUUAAGAUCGCUUUAUCAUUCUGUUGAAAUGCUUUACAUUGUGUUAGAUGCCGAUGCGAACCUAUGGACUCUAAACGAGAGAGCAAAGAUUUUACAAGUGAAAGAAUCAGGGUUGGGACAAAUGGCCUUCAGCGUAAUUCCUUGUGCUGCUGGAUUUCUGCCAUAUCCAUCUGUUUCAGUAUACAGUUGUAUAAAUAUUGGGGGUCGUAACUUGGAAGCUGGGUGGACUGAAGGAGUGGAUAUUGUCCCCGGUUCCCCUUUGAUUUCGUUUCAGAGAACUGCAGGGAAACAAAUACGAGUUCUGGCAGCAAGCCUGACAGACUCUCAGACAACUGAACGAAAAGCAGGUUUCAAGCAGAAAAUUGUUAAGUUAUUCGAUUAA